AGAUCGAAAUUAAUCUUCUCAUAUCUAUUAUUGCCCUCGGCUCUACCGACGGAUGACCAGCGCCGGUUAUGCCCAACACGAUCCUCCACUGCACAAAGUUGUACACGACUUGUUGUGCGCACUUCAUGGAGUGAGGAAAAGUGUUGAUGCUACAGAUGAUCCUGUAAAAACAUUACUUAAUCAGCUAUUCUGUGUCUACGAAAAGCGAAUCGAGAAUCUCGACAAUGAGACGGUGUCAGCAAAUUUUACGGUCGAAUGGACGCGGCUUACAUGGUCUUUGCUUUCCGUGAUUUCGCGGCUUUCAUCGCGAUUCAUAGAUCCUCGCCAUGUCGAUCCAGAAGAACAGCAGUUGACCAAACGUCUCAACAUUAAGCUUUUUGAUCUCAUCAACAAGGCUCGGCCUGUUCGACCACCACCCACUAUGUUGGAAAGUGAUUAUCGCUGGGUUCAGUUCUACGGGUUAUUGGCACCAACCCUCACGACAUUGCACGACCUGUAUUCCCAGCUGGACACUCCUCUUCCAUCCUUAGAUGCAGCCAUAGCUAAUUUUGCGGAGGCACAACUACGACCAUGCGUGGAGUCGUUUCGUGAACUGUGCAAAUCGCAUUCUGCCACGAUUUUCUCUGCAUUGCGAUCGGCCCAGCUGGAUCGCAUGGCUAAUUUCAAAGAAAUCCCUGAAGAAAAGAUGAAAGUAGCUACUUCCUAUUAUACCUCACUGCUCUAUACUCUCGGUAUCCUCGCCUCCAGGCUCCAGGGAUUCCGCUUUGAGCUGCAGUGUAAAUUCCCUUAUUCGAUGAGUGAUCCCGUGAAAUCACUUCUUGACGUCGUCUAUUUGGUUGUGGAUCAGUUGGUCGCAGAUUGUCUCUUUGCUGCUGAACCGUCCACUAGUGCCAUUCUGGUCACUAACAAUCUCUUUCCCUUCAAUUGUGACAGUCUAGCUCGAGCUGUCACUUUCAAGCAUUUCGAUGUGCAAAUAGUCAGUGAGGAGACUGCUCAGGCUGUCCAGAUCCAAAUGAAUAAAGUUCGAGAUGGUUCGUUUUCACCCCAUAUUUCUGGAAACUUCCCCUCAGCAGCUCUCUUAGCGAUGAAACCUACCAGCGGCGUCAAACGAAACAACGCCACUGCAAAUGCUGAGGGAGUUGGCAAUACUGCUCACAAAAAAUCCGAUGUAAACAGCAAGGAAUCGGUUAUGUUGACACCAUCCUAUAACGAUAAAUUACGCUCUUGGCAGGCCACAUACCCCCAUUUGCUGUGCACAACAAGGCAAAAGGAUACGGUACUGCUCGAUAAUAAAGCAGGACAAGUAGGAAAACGGCCAGUGUUCUAUUUCUAUAUUCGUGCUGCCAUUUUCUCCCCUUCUGGCGGUAUUUCAUAUUCGCGAUCGCUUUCACUUCCGUUCACAAUUGCUACAAGGCGAAAUCAGGACUGUCAAGUGCAAAGAAUGAUGAGUUCGUACACAGCAACCUGUUUCUGGUUGUAUGGAACAAGCACUUUGGAUGGACUCAUUUUUAAUUGGACUGAAACUGUGGUCUCGGUUCAAGCAGCUGUAUCAAUCCUAUUUCACGGUGAACGCGGAGGUAAAACGACCGCUAAGCGACAUUGACUUUCAGCUCAUGAAAGAGAAAAUGGAGUGUGAGGACUGUCGCGAGUACAACACUCCAGAAGGCGAGGAACCCCUACUUACAUUCAAAAAUGUGCUCUGCCCACAUUUACGAUAUGAUUGUGAUCAGAACACUCUAAGAUUUUCAAUCUGGCGUGGUAUCCUGGAGGUGCUACAGAUAUUCCAAGAUGCUCGCACCAACGUCAAACAACUCUGGGAUGACUUCAUACUUCAUGGCUUGACGGAUAUAAAUGAGAUAAAUGAAAUGCUAAUGGCCCAACCGUCUUCUGUGAUGUAUCUUAGAAUCUCCUAUAUCGCCGGAGGAAGCAUCUGCAUAUCUACAAGAGGAGAACGAGGAAUCGUGCAUCUGGAGCCGAUCGAAUUGAAGAAACUGCAAGCAAAAAGCGCUUUUGAGUAUCUAGCAGAUAUUGCUGAGUCGGAAAAGAUUGAAUACGUCCUGACAGCUGAGCAUUCGUUAGUGCCUGUAGCGCAAUUGGUAGAGAAGUAUAAGAUUGGUGCUGACCAGCACAGGACUAGAAAUGUCCACUCAAACAUCACCCACAAUGGACCACUUGAUAACACUUGUGAGAUGAGUUUUACGCCGCUGCGAAUUGCUGUCGUCACUUGCCGAGAGACAUUUCCGGAAACUACGUUGCCAACGGUACCGGUGAAUGGCUACUCCAAUCAUGUACAGGCAAUGGCCAGUAGCACAUCGUCACCAUUCGCUGCACAACUACACCACCUUAUGAAGUUACAUGGAAAAUCUCCAGCAGAUGUUCUCAACAUAUUGGGCUACAAUCUUGAUUCCUAUCAAUCAUCCUCCGUUUAUCCGCCUCAGUAUCGGUAAGCACUAUACAUGUAACCAUAUUGGUGCUCAUUUUACUUUCCUGGUCGAACACUUUGCACUAUCACGAAUGGAAGGUGGAAGUUACUUACAAAAGUAUCUAGCAGUUGUCUAUUUUCUAUAACACGCGCAAAUGUGAUAAUUUCUAGUAAUAAUCCCCUUUUUGUUUGUACCGUUAUCACUUAUUCAUGCCGCUGGCAUAUGGUUACUAUGACCAUCUACGGUUCCAUACAGUUCAACGUUCAUGUAUUACACCAUUUAGUCUUCAUCAACGGUUCUCUUGCUUGAUGCCUCAGUCAGUGUUGUGCCUUCUCUUUUCCUUCCUAAUGCCUACACAGAUCGCACUUGCCUUUUUUUUUUUGAUAGUCAUGUCCUCCAUGUAUGUCCUUCUGGUUAACUAAACUUAACUCAAUACAGUUCAUAGUUUAAGCAGCCUGGGAUACUUGUUUUUGUUGAAGUCGUAUCGUUCAUAGGAGAGAUCCUUUUUCUAGUAUUGCUUGUUAUUAUUACUACUCUACCAGAC